AUGUCCUCGCGUCCGUUUGUGACCCGGCGUCUGUCUAACGGACACGAGCGAGUGGACAUUGUCUGUCCAGACAAUCACGUUAUGCUGUCACCUUACAUAGCGUAUGGAGCGUCCGUCGGACGCCGUUCGUCUACUUUACGUCUCGAGAGGGACUGUUUGGGCACGGACAGUCAAUUGGUCAAGCAGUCUGAGCAAUGUGUGAUGAAUAACACGUGUAGCGUUUCUUUUAGAAAGGGUUUACGUCUGACCAACAUUUUGAGAGGACCGAUCAACAAAUGCCUUAAAAAGUUCCCGAAGUUUCUCACUAUUUCCUUACCAAAGUGUGUUCAAAGAGACCAGAUUCGUGAUAUAUGUUCUGACGGGUUAGAGGCAAGGUACACGGCCGGUAUUCUUGGGAGGCACGAAGACAUUCCAAACACCAACCAAGCGGAAAGGUCGUGUCAUAAGAUGAUGUCCUUUCUUACAAAUGUGACAAUGUCGAUGAAACUUGAAAAAUUCGACAGUGGCACUAGUUAUCACGUGAUUAUACAAUGGACGACACAGCAUGGCACUAUCGGGACCAGGACUCUAAGAUACAAUCAUGAAACAUUCACUGGAACCGGAAAUCAUUUUGAUGUGACAUGGGAAAACCGGGACCAAGACGUAUCUAAACCCGACUUUUAUCUAAUAUAUAAUGUACAACGUCAUGAUGGAUAUCCCAAUUGGAGCGCGUUACACAGUCCAGUACCCGAUCUACCCAAAGCAUCCCUACGAAGCCCUAUGAUAUGGAAGAACAACCAGAUGUCGUUCACCUGUCUCAAAGGAUCCCUUCUGUAUUCUCCUCAACUAAUGGUGGGCUUUGGAAAGAGAUUGACCAGUGCUGUUAUUACUCCAAGUUUGAUGGUGCAGAUCAAUAACUGUUAUUGGGAGCGGAAUUGUAAGAUCAACUGGAAGAUCCCUGCCACGGUAACUCUGUGUGAUUAUCUCCCUUGUCGGAGAAGGCCGGCUGCCGUCAUGUCAACUACCGGAUACCAAUGCAUCAGACAAGAAAAUGUUGUGAAUAUGUGUAGUAGGCAGGCCUCCGAGGUAGUCAACAAAGCUUCUGGCAUCAUCCGAAGUCACAAUAUUUAUCCGUGGGACUACGGGGCGGAGGAGGUGGACUGCAGGAAGGUUAUUAAGGUAGGAAAGGGAAGACAACUCUUACUGAAAAUUGAGACUGCCCAGGUUGACGAAAGCCGCGAUACGUUCAGGAUUAGGCAUAUCAAAGGGAAAACGAAGACAUUAGUUGUUGAAGGAAAUAUAAAACUAUUUAACACCACCUUAUCAGGGGGGAGUGUGGAACUCUCCCUCACAGUCUCAAGGAGGUCAAAAACUGGCAAAGGAUUCCUCGUACACUUUGAAAAAAUCGGGAAAAGGCAUAGAGACCCUCAAUCGAAACAUCGGAAAACAAGUACUUUAAUGAAAAAGCGCAAACAACAAAACCGAGAUAGACGACAAAGAGAUAAUAAUGGAAGGAACAGAAACAGAAGAAGAAAAUGCAAUAAGUCUAAAAGAAGAAAGUCCAAUAAGUAUAAAAGCUCGUGGAUUAAGAAAAUUCCUUAAUCUAAAAGGACUAUGUGAUAUUUAAAAAUACGAGCAAUACGACUAUAGAAUCAUCAGAUAUAUGGUCGCCUAAGUGGAGUCAGACUGAUUAACCCUAACCCUAGGGUAUAAUCAUCCCAUCAGGUUUUUAUUUAAAAUGAGACGGAAAAACUACAGUUGUAUUUCGAAAUUAAUCAACAUUAACUGCACAUUAAAUGGGCAGCAAUAGAUCAUAAUUGUUAUACUUUAUAAGGUUAAUCUAAACCCUUGUCAAUUUCCUAUAAUUCCCGCAUCAUUCAUUAUUACAGGUAAUAUUGGUUUAUAUAUUGCAUCAAAAUCAAACUUUUUAUUCAAGUAGAAGACAGUUUCUAUCUAAUGACAAGUAAAAGGAAAUUAGACCAAUAAUCUAAGCAACAUUAACGUCCGAUAAAUAUAUACCAGUUAAAUUUUUAGAGGAAUAGAUUAUUAAGUACCUCAGAUAUCGUGUGAACAUUGAACGCUCCCAAUAUGCGUCCUUAUAUUUUAGACCUAACAUAUUUAUCUUCGGAUUUACCUUUCUGUUAAUUUGCAAUAUCCACAGUCACUCUAGGCGAUCUAAUUGCUAAUACAAAUGUCAAUAUUAACUGUAGGAUCUGAGCAUUUACAAUGAAAUACAAAAGAAAACAGACAUGCACUUCCCUCUUCAUCAAUACUAAUUAGUCCACUUCUGAAUAUUUCAAUGCAGCAGAGAAUCACUGCUAUCGAUAUCGUGGCAUAACGUUUCUUCAAUGUCACAUUCCCAAAGUAUUGUAUAAUAUUCUACGUGACUCAGGGACUCUUACAUUCCUAUACAUUGUUUUACGUACCUUCGGUCUGUUAUUGUUAUGAUCUUACUCCAUUUGGUGAUCAAUACCUUAAUAUAAUUCUGUCGAUUUUAGCUUUUAUUUUUUCCAAUCUAUCAAUUUUGUCGUCGUUGCAUUUCUGUAUCAAGUUUAAGUGCUGAUUUAUUUGGCUGGACAAUGCGGGGUACUAGGCACGAGAGUGCAAAUAAGAUAGUGCAUGACAGAUGAAUGUGGAAUGUGGAAUCCGUUUUUAUUUAUUGAGUAAGGGUAGGCAUCAUAUUUAGAGGACAACUUGUGGAAGUAAUGACACGGUUAGGACUUUGCAUUGCAGUGAGGAGUUAUGUGUCUGGGCUGCAUCCUCAACGGUUUGAGAUUAAAAAAAUAUGGAUCGGCGGCUGGUUUGGUACUUAUCAUGCUCUGUUUGUGGUUUGUUGUAGACGUACAUUGUCGCAUGUAAACUCAGGGUAUAUAUUGCCUUUUUGUUGCAUUUUUUCUAUAAUUGUAUUAAUGAAUCCAUGUUAAAAGCAUACAUGUACACUUAGCACUGGUAUCUUACAUAUUUCUUAUAGCAGACCAUUACUGAUUGAUAAAUAAAGA